AUGUCCCUCAGUGGAGCUCCGGCCCGGGACAACUCUGAGACCCCCAGUCAGAGAGAACGCAUCCGCAGCCACAUGAAGAUGGUGAUUGAGCAACUGGAAGGCAUUCUAAAAGAGCUGAAGGAUGUGGCCAAGGAGUUGCGGGAGGUGGUGGGUCAGAUUGACAAGCUCACGUCGGACUUCGAUUUUGACCUGGAGCCUGAUGAUUGGACAGUGGCCACAGCUAGCAGCACCUCUAGUAGCGAGCGUGGGCUGGGUGAGGCUUUUCGACUGGACUUCCUAAGCCAGGAUGUACUCUCAGACAGCUGGGAGUUCUGUGGCUUUCUGGAGGCCUCCUCGUCAGCUCCAGGUCGCAGACCGCAGAGAGAGGGGGAUCCAGAACCAGAGCUGGGUCAGUCAGCCACUGCAACCCCAGCCACAGCCAGCGUCUAUUCCCAGAUGAACGGGGGCCUCCCGAUUCCCAAUGGACCAUUGAUCAUCACACCAGAUUCCUCCAGUGAGGAGGCAUCCAGCUCCACGCACAGCCAGAAGACUUCCCGCACCUCUGGCACUCGGGAAAGGGUGCGAUUCAGCGAUAAAAUCCUCUAUCAUGCCUUGUGCUGCGACGACGAUGAGGAGGAGGAAGAGGAGGUGGGCGGUGAUGAAGACAAGGGGGACUGCGGCACACCAGAAACGGACAGCGAGCCCAGUCCGCUGGCCUCAUCUCCCACUCCACCGCUCUCCUCCUCGGAACAUUCGGUCCUUUACAACUGUCUGGACCCAUCCACAGUACUGUCCCCUGUUAGGGUGGCAUCAGGCGGGGCUCAUACACUCCCCAGAAAAAGUCUCCUUAACCCAGGCUGCCGGAAAAAACUGCUCCGCAAUAGCAGCACACAGACUGUCUCAGACAAAAGCACCCAAACUGUACUGCCCUAUAUUCCAGCCAAACAGAAAACAAAGGACCACUGA